AUGGCUGAGGAGAACCCGGAGUUGCUGAGCGCUCUGCGGCGUUUAGACCAGGAGCUGGAGGAUGGUGAGAUCACUCAAAAAGGAUACGAUAAGCGUCGCACCCUUAUCCUAUCCCACUACCUGACCUCGAACGACGGAAAUCUUGUAGAUAGAGGCUUGAGAAUUACGAGCCCAACAGUUGCAGGCCAUCGGGUCUCUCAACUUGGUCUAUAUUCCCCUCCGUCAUCCUCUCAAGGCAGUCGUCCUGCCAGUUCAACUCUCUCAGAUGAACGUCCACAUUCCGAUGCACUGCCUGCCAAUUUUACUGGCAGAGAGCAGGAACGCGUAGCCGGGAACGGUAUGGCCGGAAGAGAUUCCACAGGGAGUGCUCCUCAUUCCGUUCAAAGUGGGAAUCAAUUGGCGCAAAUCCAGGAACAAGAAUUGGGGUUUUCAGUUCGUUCUGAGCGGCAACCAUCGACUGCAUCCUUUGAUUCCCUUUUCCUCCCUAAAGGCUCAGGUCAACCAGGGAAUAACCACGACGACUCCCGAUCGGGUACCCUCAGAAGCCAUAAUUAUGCAUUUAACCCGGCUGAUCAACCCGACUACGGCGAACCCCAGGCCGGCUCGUAUGGCCCACCGGGUAGUAGUGGUGGACCUACGCGACAGUCUACCAUGCUUGACUCACAGCAGGCAUUUUUCUCAGAUUUCGCCGGCCAGCAAAGUGAGGAUCACAGAGAUAACUACGGAGGUGGCUUCCACCGGUACUCGAGCCAGACCGAACCGUUUUCGCCAACCGCUAACAUGGCUCCGCCGUUCAUGAAUACGGCUGAACUGCAGCAUGGAAAGAUCCUCGAUCACCUGUUGCCCCUUGAGCCCCGGGAUGUGGCCUGUGAAGUGCACGAUCCUCACAACCCUAACAUUUCGAUGUCACAGUUCGAUAAUUUACCCAGUGUCCUGCGGCAUCGUGCACGGACUCAUCCCAAGCAACCCGCUUACUGGGUGCUAGAUCAGCGCGGAAAGGAAAUCGCGUCGAUAACGUGGGAAAAAUUGGGGAGCCGGGCGGAGAAAGUUGCGCAAGUUAUACGUGAUAAAAGCAGUUUGUAUCGGGGGGAUCGUGUGGCGCUCGUAUACCGGGACACUGAGGUGAUUGAGUUUGCAGUCGCGAUUCUGGGUUGUUUUAUCGCGGGGGUCGUGGCUGUCCCUAUCAACAAUCUUGAAGAUUACCCUAGCCUCAACGUUAUCCUUACGUCUACUCAAGCGCAUCUCGCUCUGACAACUGAGAACAACCUUAAAAACUUCCAGAGAGAUAUCACAACCCAGAAGCUUACUUGGCCCAGAGGAGUUGAAUGGUGGAAAACUAACGAGUUUGGAAGUUAUCACCCAAAGAAGAAAGACGAAAGUCCUGCUCUUGUUGUCCCGGAUCUAGCUUAUAUCGAGUUCUCAAGGGCUCCCACUGGUGACUUGCGUGGUGUUGUGAUGAGCCACCGAACAAUAAUGCAUCAGAUGACUUGUCUUAGCGCGAUUGUAGCAUCUGCAUCUCCUGAUGGUACACGACUCGCGAAACCGCACGGUGAAACUCUAAUAAGUUAUCUCGAUCCUAGGCAGAGCAUAGGUAUGAUUCUGGGGAUUCUGCUUACGAUAUAUGGUGGGCAUACCACUGUCUGGCUAGAGGCUCGGGCUGUCGAGACGCCUGGUCUCUACGCCAGUUUAAUCACCAAAUACAGAGCUACACUUAUGUCAGCCGAUUACCCAGGCUUGAAGCGUGCUGUCUACAACUACCAACAAGAUCCAAUGUCGACAAGAAAUUUCAAGAAGGGUAGCGAACCGAAUUUUUCCAGCUUGAAACUCUGUCUAAUCGACGCUCUCACCGUCGACCCUGAAUUUCAUGAGAUUUUGGCCGAUCGAUGGCUACGCCCUCUUCGCAAUCCGCGCGCUAGAGAGUUGGUCGCUCCCAUGCUAUGCCUACCAGAACAUGGUGGCAUGGUUAUCAGCGUUCGUGACUGGCUUGGUGGAGAGGAGCGAUUGGGGUGCCCCCUUACGCACGAGAUGGACCCUGCAGGACAGGCCGACUCAGAUGAAACAAAGAAAGAGGAGAAGACGGAAACGUCUAAACCCGGUUUCGGAAGCAGCUUGAUUGGUGGAACCGCCGUUCCGACGCAGAAACAGUCUAAGAGUAAUAGGGCCGAUUUGAACGAGGUUCUACUUGACAAAGAGGCGCUUAAAAACAAUGAGGUUGUCGUGUUGGCGAUGGGGGAAGAGGCGAGGAAGCAAGCUGAAAGUAUGCCCAACACUGUUCGAGUUGGUUCAUUUGGAUAUCCUCUCCCCGAUGCUACUUUGGCUAUCGUCGAUCCAGAAACUGGACUACUUUGCACGCCUAACAUUAUCGGUGAAAUUUGGGUGGACUCACCUUCACUAUCGGGUGGUUUUUGGGCAUUACCGAAACAUACUGAGGCUAUAUUCCAUGCUCGACCAUAUCGAUUCCAGGACGGUAGCCCUACUCCCAUCAUUGUGGAGCCCGAAUUUCUUCGCACCGGCCUUCUGGGAUGUAUCAUUGAAGGCAAAAUAUUCGUUCUCGGCUUAUACGAAGACCGAUUGCGCCAGAAAGUCGAGUGGGUUGAGCAUGGAAGAGAGGCCACCGAGCACCGCUAUUUCUUCGUUCAGCACCUGAUUAUUAGCAUUAUGAAAAACGUACCUAAAAUCCAUGACUGCUCGGCGUUUGAUGUGUUUGUAAACGAUGAACAUUUACCAGUCAUCCUGCUGGAGUCUUACUCUGCUUCGACCGCACCGACAACCUCUGGAGGACCACCGAGGCAAUUGGAUAUAGCCCUUUUGGAUUCUCUUGCUGAACGAUGCGCUGAAGUUCUGUACCAGGAGCAUCAUCUUCGUGUAUUUUGCAUCAUGAUCACAGCCCCCAAUACGCUGCCACGAGUCACAAAAAAUGGACGACAAGAAAUUGGAAAUAUGUUAUGUCGCAAGGAAUUCGACAGCGGUUCAUUGCCAUGUGUCCACGUGAAAUUCGGAGUCGAGAGGUCUGUUUUGAACCUUCCCAUUGGGGUGGAUCCUGUUGGUGGGAUAUGGUCGCCCACAUCAUCAUCGGCUCGACAAGGUGCGCUUGCGAUGCAAGACAAGCAAUAUUCGGGUGUUGACUAUCGAGAUGUCGUAAUGGAUGACCGGACUUCCACCCCAUUGAACCAUUUUACUACCAUCUUUGACCUGCUGCAAUGGCGGGUCACGCGACAAGCGGAGGAACUUUCUUACUGCUCUAUUGACGGGCGUGGAAAAGAGGGAAAGGGCAUUACAUGGAAAAAAUUCGAUACAAAGGUUGCAGGAGUUGCCAUGUACCUGAGGAAUAAGGCUAAGCUCAAGGCUGGUGACCAUGUCAUUCUCAUGUAUACACAUUCCGAGGACUUUGUUUACGCUGUCUAUGCGUGUUUCUGUCUUGGAGUGAUUGCUCUUCCGAUGGCGCCUAUUGACCAAAACCGCCUCUCGGAAGAUGCUCCAGCAUUCCUUCAUCUGGUUGCCGACUUUCGCGUCCGGGCGAUUCUUGUGAACAGCGAUGUAAAUGAUUUGCUAAAGCAGAAGCCAAUUGCUCAACAUAUAAAACAAUCUGCCAACGUCCUUCGCAUCAAUAUCCCUUCCACAUAUAAUACAGCGAGACCUCCAAAACAAUCACAUGGCUGUCGCCAUCUUGGCUUGACUGUUCAAAAGGAGUGGCUCGCUCGCCAACCUGCGUUGGUCUGGACAUAUUGGACUCCGGAUCAAAGGAGGAUGUCCGUCCAUAUUGGACAUGAUACAAUUAUGGGAAUGUGCAAGGUACAGAAAGAAACUUGUCAAAUGACAAGUUCCCGGCCAGUACUAGGCAGUGUUCGUAGCACGAUAGGUCUCGGAUUCUUACACACCUGUUUGAUGGGGGUUUACGUCGGAGCGCCGACUUAUCUUUUCUCUCCUGUUGAUUAUGCCACUAAUCCAAUCUCACUUUUCCUCGCCUUAGCAAGGUACAAGAUCAAAGAUACCUAUGCUACGAGUCAAAUGUUGGAUUACGCUAUGGGCAGCAUGGCCGCUAAGGGGUUCCAGUUGCAUGAAUUGAAGAAUUUGAUGAUUGCGUCUGAUGGCAGACCCAGGGCGGAUAUCUACCAGAAGAUUCGAUUGCAUUUUGCUUCUGUAGCGCUUGACCGUACUGCAAUCAACACGAUCUAUUCGCAUGUUCUUAACCCCAUGAUUGUGUCCCGCUCUUACAUGUGCAUAGAGCCUAUCGAGCUGUGGUUGGAUACCAAGUAUCUUCGCCAAGGUCUCAUCUAUCCUGUGGAUCCGGACUCUGAGCCGAACUCUUUACUGGUCCAAGAUUCGGGCAUGGUGCCCGUGAGUACGCAGAUCGCCAUUGUCAAUCCCGAAACUUGUUGCCUUGCCCACGUGGGUGAAUACGGUGAAAUAUGGGUCCAGUCUGAAGCUUGUGCGAAAUCAUUUUAUGGGACGAAGCAAGAGUUUGAUCUGGAGAGGUUGUGA